AUGGAGUUUACUCCAAGUUUAUCUGCAUUCCAAGGAAUGAUUAUAUCUACAGACAGUGUUCACUCUUUUUCCAAACUAACAUCGAAAGGAGGAAAUGAAGAGAAAAUUGAACAUGUUAUCCACUGUAUACGAAAUUUUCUACAAAAAGAAAAUUAUAUUAUUGAAAAUAAAGUUUCAGAAGACGCUAUACAAAUUCUGCGAAAGUUUGCAUUUUAUGUGGUUAUAAAUUCAGAUUUAACUAUUUUAGAAGAAAUGGUAGAUUUAGAUGGAAUAGACUUUGUCAUAUGGACAAUACCAACAAUUCCUAAAUAUCUUAUGUGUGAAAUUUUGUGGAAUAUCAAUUUGGAUCAAUUUAUAUAUGAAAUAUUAGUAUUCAGCUGUCCACAAUUAUCUCUAGAAGUGGCAGAUGCAUUAAUAUCUAAUUUUAAAUAUUUUAAACCUACUGAAUGUCUACAAAAACUAAAAUUAUUAACAUCAGCUUGCUACAGACUCAUAUGUAGAUUUCUCUUUUUUGAAUUAGAAAGUGAUGAAAUAACUCAUGCAAUGAAUAAUUUCCAAAACUGCUUGAAAUUCUAUUCUGAACUACCAAAUAGUGCUAAGCUGGAUACAUUAAGUAAAGAUGGCCAAUAUAAAUUUAUUGGAAACCGCCUAUUUUCAAUGUUGCAGCUUUUAACAGAGUGCUUUAAUAAUUUUUUAUCAGUUCAGAAAUUAAAACCUUCUGAUUUUCAAGAAAUAUAUGAAUUAACCUAUAAAGAAGACUUAGUUAUAAAUCAAGACUCAUCAAUUAUUAUUGCUGAUUGCAAUAACCAUUCUUUACUUGAAUGUAUAAAUAACUGUCAUAUACUUUUAUUGGAUAAGUGCAAAACUUUAGUAAUGGAUGUGAGUGUAGAAAUAUUUUGUGCUUGGAGUGAAUUUGAAGAAGACGAUAAAAGUAUGCAGCAGUCUAUUGGAGAAUUGUGCUAUAAAGUGCACACCACUUUGUGUAAAAUUGCUAGUGUAGCAGAUCAUCCCGUUGUUAGUAUGCUGCAACAAAUCUCAUGCAAACCAUUAGAUUUAGUAGAGGUUAUAAAUAAAACUGAAACAGAUGUGAUUGUAGAAAAUGUAAAUAAGGAAGACAAUGUAACAGCACAAUGGAUCAAAGCAUUAAUAUAUAGAGACAAGCUUUGUGAAGAUCCAGUGUUAAUGGAAUUACUUACUACUCAUUUACACCUAUUAAAUCCAGAUGAAUGUUAUAAAUUAUUUAAAGUCAUGUACAAUUUUCUUAAAAAUUCUACAGACAGUAUGGAAAACUUAUUAUUAUUAACUAUCAAAGUAUUUCAGUUCUGUAGUAAUAGUUCAAAACAAGAAAUUGUUGAGGAACAUUUUAUUAAUGAUUGUUUCAAUGAUAAUUUUUUAACUCCAAGCUUUAACAAUACAAUUACAGAAAUUUUUAAUAAGCUUAUAAUUUCACCAGAUACAGAUUUAUGCGAUGUUUUAACUGUGUUCAUUCAAAGCCCACGAAAAGUUUACACUAAAAUAUUCAAUCUGGCAAGCGAGAAUAUGCAUCAAACAGACAUUAUGUUAAGGAUAAUGAAAUCAUUACAAAAAUACUCAAAACAUUACUAUAAUGAAGAAACGGAGCCUUGUGUAAUAUUAAUAACCAAAGAGACAAUUGAUAACAAUUUAGACACUGAUGAGAAACAAAGUAAUUUUGUGAGAUUUUUAAACUUAAUUAAAAUAGAAAAUAUAAUUCCUGGCCAUAAAUUGCUUUUGUUAGUUAUUAUGCCGAAUUUGCAUCAUGCUCUUUUAAACAAAAAUUUUACCAGUAUAUAUGUUCAAUGUAAACUUUUACAAGAGGCUUAUCCACUGAAUGAAUUACUAGAAUGUAGGGCACCAAUCUUGGCCAUGUUGGCGCAAGUGUUAGAUAUUGUGAGAUGGAAAGUUAAUACAUUUGCUGUACUAGCACCCACCACUUUGGAACUUGUAUUGAAGUUGCAAACAGCUCUUUUAAAUACAUAUGAAUCAGAUAUCCCCGAAAAAGAAUGUACAUGGUUAAAGAGCAAGCUUAGAAAUAUCAACCCCUUGAACAUGUAUUAUUUUAGACGACUUUGGAACCCACCGGGCAACACAUUUGUUGAAGUUAUAAGUGGAAUACACAUAUACAAAGAUAUGGACAUGGAACACUUAACUUUGUGGCUUUCUCAGGUAAUAUGUUCCACAACACUUCAAGAAUGGUAUCAAAUCUGGGACAGUCUCACAGUAUUUGGAAACGGAAAUAUAUUAGAUAUAUUCCAUGACGCCUUACUAUUGAUAUUAGUCGCUGAAAAGUCAAAUCAUACAGAAUCUUCAAAGGCAUGUUUGUUUUACCUCAUGAAAAACUAUGUGGCCAUCAUACGAUAUAAAUUCUUCAAGCUGCCGUUAAAUGGCAGUCAAAUAACAAUAGUAUUCAAUAAAUUUGCUCUUAUUGAAAGUUUCAUAGCUGAAUCUGAUGUUGAAGAACUGUCAACAAUAUUCUUGCCGCUGUUUGCUUUCAUGUCAACGACUAAAGAAGACCUCUCUAUUGAUAUUCCACAAAGUAUUAUUAAAAAACUAAAACACAGUAUAUUUAUUGAUGUGAUAACAAAUUUAUUUAUUAAAACAACUCAGUCACAAAUUAAAAGU